UACGCUACCGAAUCAGUCUGACACCCCUGCCAGCAAAAGAUCGAGACCUGCCAGUGACCCCCAAAGUACCGCCCAAAAUACAUCGAAAAGGCCCAAGAUAUCGAACGAUCCACAGAGCACGCGCAAGGGACGGCGGACGAGGUCACAGCCCACAAGUCCGAGGCCGGGCCCAAUACCUGAUGUUGAAUCCAUUCUAAAAAGCCAGCAGAAAGCAGCGAGAGAUGGUGACAGUGGCAGCUCAGAGAAGACGUUCUCGCCCUUGGCCACGCGCAGGCAGCGGUCGCAUCACGCACCCACACGCACAGACAACAAAAGUGAAGACAGACCUUCAAAUACAACUCCCGACGAUGUGGAUUCAGAAACCAAGGACAUUAGGACCAGGAAGACGGCUGGGAUGAAGAGUGUGGGCAAGGGCAAGACCGGCCAGGCCAGGCGGCGGGUAGUAGCAGACCCGACUGCUGCUGCGGGUAAGAAGGCUAGGGGGACCGUGGUGAAGGGGAGUGCGGUUAGGGUGGGGAAGAGUGUGAGGAGUGCACGAGCACAGACAGGACACAGACCACCGAGUCACCCCGGUAAUGCCCGAAAGGGAGGCGAUAAACCAGGUUUAUCGGACGAUGAGAGUUGGGCAGAGAAAGAGUCGAGCGCUGAGGUGAGCGACGAGUCAACGAGCGAGGUCGAGAGCAGCGACGCGGGCAGUGACUUUGAACCGAAUGUGAAGAUGGAGGACUUCAGCGGUGUAGAAGACCACGUGCGAACACGUGGCAGCCUGAGAACCGGGACUGUGGGGUCGAAUACCGGGACGAGUUUGGGCAAGAGAGCGGGUACGAGAGGGAGUACCGGUACACGCGGUGUGAGAAAGAGCAGGGGCAAGAGCAGGAAAAGCGCCCGUACUUCGGGAACGAAUACUGCCGAGCCAACGCCAAAGCGGAUCGGUAAAAGAUGAUAGAAGUGGAGUAUAAAGUUACGGCGAUCAGUGGGUUGUUACCGCCGGCCAAUUGAAGCAAUGUCAUGGAAGUGGCUAAACUAUACUAGAGAUGUGGAGGAAGAUGGUCUGCUAUGAUCGCGCUUAUAAUUAUAAUCAUAAAUACUCACGCCGGAGCCCAUUUUAGCCGGUUUCGAGAAUGCAAUUGGGUGUAUAUUUUCUAGAUAGUGUAAACCCCUAAAACAUCCUGCCAUCCUACCCUCACACACACACACACCCUCCUGUGCGUCCCAAGUCCUAAGUUAACAAGACAAAUCGCGGCCACCUAAACAAUAUCGGGGCAGGAAUCCUCAAACUCCUUGAACGACAACUUCCGCCGGAUAGAGCCUAUGGGCUGUAGAUUCGAGCCCUCGCGCUUGAGCGUAGUCCCGGACGCUGACUGGUCCCAUUCUGAGGAUCCCAGGGGCGUGUCGCUGCACAUAUGGCCCAGAACAUCGUCCACCUCUUCGUACACGUGCUCGGAGAUGCGCUUGUGGGUCACCGGACUCUUCAUCUCGCGCUUCUCGAGCUUUGUUUCGUCGUGGACACGCUGUGAGAGGUGGGGUGGGCGAUGGCGAUUGUUAGCGUGGAUGGCUGGGGGGUACUACAGCUUACCACGUGUUGUUAUACAUAGAUAGUUGGGAUGGUUUUGGUAGCAUCUGUUUAGAGCUCACGUAUCCUGAAGGUGCUCGAAUGCACCAGUCGCUCCACUGUUGUGUGUGAUCCAUACUGCGAUAGCCGGAUCUUCUCCACAAAUCGAUGGUGCGUAUUUGAGUCACAUAUCAAUUGUGUACAGACCACAGUGGGCUAUAGCGAAUCCUGCUCUCCAUCAGUACUAGGGUUCAACCAAGCUAUACAUCAACGUAGCCGUCACCCGAACUUGUGGUGAUUUCCGUGGCUCCGGUCUUUCUCACUAUAAAUUUUUGACUCUGUGGAGCCUCUGUUUUCCUCUCGAUUAGUCGUGUUUCAUUGUU